CAAACACUCCGGAAGCCUUCUGCCUCGUCCCUGCGCUCGCUGAGAGCUCUGCUAUCCUUUUCGUACUCUGGAUUCCAGGAAUAAUCCCUUAAUCUUCCUGCUACGCCGAUUGCGACGACGCCGACCAAAACCGUGAGUUUCCGCAGGCUGAGCCGCGUAAACACAGCACUUUUUCGCCCAGAGUCCAUAACAACGCACCUCGAGCGCCUUCGAGAGGGCUACAGACGCAAACAUGCCGGUCGGGCGGAUACCGCAAAGCUAUAUACAAAAGUGCAAGAUUGGGUUGCACUUCCUGCAGGCCUUGUUCAUCUUCGUCGCAGCAUGUCUUACGAUCGCUGUAAUGACACGAGGUGACAUUGGCGGCGCGACCAAGUACUACUUUGCUAUGUGCUUCCUGUCCAUACCCGCGAUCAUCUACCUCGUCAUGGUGCCCAUGUGGAGUCGAACGAAGAAAUUCGCGAACGCAUAUGCGUUCCUGACAGUCGACUUGCUGUACACAAUCCUUUGGUUCGCAGCGUUCAUUGCAGUCGCAAUGUGGAACUCAGCAGGCAUAAAACAAGGCGCUGAAGAAAAAGACAUCAGCGAGGACGAGCGCAACUGCACCACGUUCAAGUAUGGCACCGAGGCAAUGUGCAACAUCAGCAAAGGCGCAGUCGGCAUCGGUGUCAUGAUCUUCAUUUUCUUCGCCCUCUCCUCCGCAAUCUCCGGCUACUACAUGCACAAGUUCCUCCGCGAAGGCGUCCUGCCCUACGACUCUAAGGAACAGAACCCCUACUACGCGAGCGGCGACAACAGCAAAGACAACGCCUGGUCCACCGAGAUCGAAACCCACGACUCGGACGAGGACGACAGACGCACCGAGCGCGGCGGUAACCAGGAGGAAGACGAGUACGCGCUGCUGCACUCGACCGAGACAGACGCGGGCCGCCACCCCGGCCGCCCGCUGAGCUGGGGCGAGGACAGGAACGGCGAGCCGUACGAUAGACCGACGGGCUACGCGGACUAUAGGGAGAGCACGAAUGCAUAUGGCACCGAUGCGCUGUCGCCUGGCGGGUACACGCUUGGCGGCGGGUACGAGGAGUUUAGGAAAGAGCCGACUCCCAACUUGGGCGCCAGUAUUGCCUCGAAUGCUGAGAGGGCACCCAGUAGGACCAGCCAGUUCGGCGGGAGUGGGUAUGGCUUCAGCGGACCGAACAAUGUGUAGGGAGCUCUUCUGGCUGAUCCGAAUUCACGUGAGGAGCUUGCGUUUGAGCGUUCUGUAGGCAUGGCAUUCUGCUCUUGGUUUGGGCGGGCAAGCACGUGCUAGGACGACUCGUCUUGUGCCUGAGCGAUAUUAGCAUUGGACAACGAUUCAUUCAAUUCUCGAAGAACAAAAUUUCGACACGCGCUCAUUC